UCCCACCUGCGCUGGCGCUCAAAGCGGGAGUCUUUCCUUUGUCUAGACUCAUCUCUUCGACUGUGUCGGCAUGUGCAUUUCAACUUGCCCAUACUUCUUCUUUUUCCUCUUCUUCUUCUUUCAUCAUCAUGCUGUCGCGUCCGACUAAAGCUGUGCUUAGCCAGACAGAGUCGAAGAAGACCACCAAGAAGAAGAAAACUAGCGCAAAGCGCAAAGCGGUUGAGGAUUCUACAGAGAACGGGAAGCAGAUCAAGAAGCCAAGGCUACGAGUAAAUAGCCAUGAGGACUCAACUGAUUCUGCAACAAAGCGACGAGAUCAAUCGAAAUCAUUCGUUAAACAUGCAUCAUCUGCCGUAUCUUCGCGACACUCCCUGAUUGCAAGACUGAAAGCUUCACAUAAGCCAACGGGUGCCUCUCCGACAACGUUCAAAAAACCAAUGCUGCCUUCACACACCACUCAAACACCGUUGACCCCGACGAAGCCGAAGAAGAGACUUGUAGAGACACAGAAACGGUCGCACACCCCGAGGGAUGCGACGAGACCUCUCCACAAUGAUGUCUUCUCCCAAAUGCCAUUGUCGCCACCGAUACUCUACGAAGCCGACGAAAUGGAUGAUUGGUCACAGGACACUCCAGCUGUGGCAGCGAUACUGUCGAGCAACAGCAAACCUUUCCCCGCAUCGCCAAACGCAGAAUCAACAGCUAUAUCCGGUCAUGCAGAUUGCGAUGAUGUGGCGCAUGAGAAACGGGUGGGAGAUUCGCAGACUGCAAAAAGUGAUCCCUUCAGCCG